GUAGUCGUCAUUUUCUUUGCAACUCGAGUCUCUUCUAUUCUAUCCCCAUUCCAUUCACAAUCAUUUCGGCAAUCACGACAAAAACGCGACAUCUCAUUCUUCAAUCAAUGUUAGACUUGAGAAACUGCAUACCAAGAUAAAUUACUCCAAGUCUUUGCAGUCGAUCCCACAUUUUUCGCAUGCGACAUCCCUAAAUACCCAAUACUCAUAUGAUAUCAACUUCUUCAUCUCGAGUUUGCGAAUUGUUUUGACAACACUUUCAACAAUCUUGUUUCCCUGGCGAUUCAAGAUUUAUCGACUCCAUCCGAGAGGACGCGACAACCAUUGUAAUCGUUGAUCCUCGGUCCUGUCGAUCACCAAGUCGCGUCAACUAAAUUCUCAGCCUUGCCUUCGCGAUGAAUUCGCCGCAACAAGCAAAUGCUGCUCAGCUAGCAGCACGCAGCAUCAAAGCAAAACCUAGAGGCAGAUUAGCCGGUCAAAAAAGUAGUGGCUUUCCACCCAUACAAAACAACAACCCUAAUAAUAAUGCUGCCGCUGGUGGUGGAAGCGGUGGCGGUUUGUUCGGUGGAAGUGUAGCUGCGCCUGGUGCAUUCAACUUUUCAGCGCCGGCCGGAACACCAUCUUUCAGUCCUUCAUUUGGAGACUCGACACCAAAUCCGUUCGCACAAUCAGCUGCAUCAACCAACCACGAUGACCCACGUGCAGAUACGACGGGCGAAGAAGCUCUAAGAAAAAGCAAGGGAUUCAGCGGUGGCUUCAGAGCAGCUGGUGAAGACGAGGUAGCCUUGUUUGCUUCACACUCUCCAUUCCAUCAUAAUAAUCAACAGCAGCAAUCAAAUACAUCAGGUUCUUCCAAUAAUACACAACCACAAAAUAUGUUCGGUGCAGCCAACGCGACACAGUCGAACGGAGGUGGAUUCCAUUUUGGAUCUUCAACUCCGCAGACUCAAACAUCAACUUCAGGUUUCGGUGGCUUCAAUUUUACACCUACAUCCCAAGCGGCAGAUAACAAUAGUAAUUCCACUUUUGCUUUUGGUUCCUCGUCACAAGCUCCAGUGAAUAAUAGCACCCCAGCCUUCAAUUUCGGUGCGACAAAUUCGGGUUCGGCAGAAAAUUCUUUGAAUUUUGGUGCAAAUUCACUUUCAAAGGCACAAAAUCCUCUCACCCUUGAAAAUCAAAAAGAAAAUUCGGGUACCUCAUUCGGACAGAACAAUACCAACAAUUCUUUCGGUGCGCAAAAUAACUCAUUUGGCGGCUCCUUUGGUGGUUCCUUUGCAAACCAAGCCAAUACGAGUUUUACUGGUCUCAAUUCUACCAGUGCUGCACCUUCAAACUCUCAGAGCCUGUUCGGCAACACUACUGCAACCACAUCUGCUCCGUCUUCCUCUUUCACCUCAUCCUUCCCUGCAACUUCAGCUGCUCCAAGUACCACGAAUUUGUUUGGAAGCACUUCUGCUUCGUUCCCCACUACAUCAGCACCAACCACUACUACCAAUUUGUUUGGCAGUGUUAACUCGUCAUUUCCUCCUGCGACUGCUUCGAGCACUCCACUUUUUGGUGCUGCUAAGCCUGCUGAGGCUACCCCAGCUGCUUCCAGCACCUCAUUUUUCGGUGGUGUCAAACCCGCAGAGACAACGCCAUCUUCUUCAAAUACUUCCUUCUUUGGUGGUGUCAAGCCUUCCGAGUCGGCUCCAACGGCUCCAAGCAACUCAUUGUUUGGUAGCCCUAAGCCUGCCGAGUCAACUCCAUCAACUUCAAGCAAUUCACUCUUUGGUGGUUUCAAGCCUACUGAUUCGACCCCAACUGCUUCGAGCACAUCGAAUAUCUUCGCCAACCCUCCAGGAACGCCUGCACCUGCAACACCUUUUACCGGCUUUGGCAAACCAGCAGAAUCAACUCCAAAUCUCUUCAAUCCUAACAACCAGGAAAAUGGCCAAAGCAACAAUCUAUUUGGAUCAAAAUCUGUAGAAGAGCCAAAAGACAAGCAAACUCUUGAUCUGUUUAGUCCGAACAGACCGGCCGGCCAACAACUCUUUGGGUCGAAUGCAACGAACAGUUCGCCAGAGAAGACAUCUGCCCAAACUCCAAAUGCUCUCUUCGCAAGCUUUGGCAAGCAGAAUUCUUCAGCAGAACAUCAACUGGGCGGUGCAGCCAAAGAUCAAGCUUUCGCUGCUCCAUCUACCAGCCAAUCUGAAUCUUCCUUCAAGAUUCGCGGUACUGCUGAGGCGUCUGGUUUAAACAAAGCUUCUUCUCCUUUCAAAUCAGUAGACAACCCAACGGACGCAGCACAGCCCGUUACAAGCAACUUGUUUAAUAGCUUCUCUUCUAAAUCACAAGAUGUCCAGCCCUCUAACGGAUCUUUGAGCAACGGCUCCGAUUCACAUUCAAUGGCUCUCAUUGCUCCUACAGACUCAUCUUCGCAGUCUCCGCCCUCCAAUAACAAGGCACUUGCUCCUGUUACGAGAGCACUUGCUCCUGGUAGAUUGUCCGAUUUUGAGUUCCAAGUAUCUGAACCCACAGACAUGGAGAUGGAUUCCAAUAUGCCUCUUAACUUUAACGCGGUUCAAAGAAAAGAAUUCAAAGCACUUUGGCGCAUUGCAUCCGUGCAAAGAUCAAUGGCAGCUUACUUCCAGCAUUUGCCCCCUGGAGCAGAUCCAUCUAAAGGAUUGGCAUGGAUGGAAGCCAAAAAGAAGGAGAUUCUUGCAGAAUAUAACAUUGAUCAUAUUUCCAACAAGCGAGGCAGGGCAGAGGCUGAUGAGAAUGACGAGAACCAAGAAAACAUGAGCCCUCAAAAGCGAGUUAGACAAGAUAGAGAACGCUCGCAUCGCAUUGCUAGCCCAGAAAAGCGAUCGCGGAGUACUCGUAGUCCAGAAAGACAACGCUCACGUGCGACACACGAUUCCGAGUCUGAGAUCAAUGGCAAUUCGGUAUUGAAAGCACCAAAACUCCAGCCUGGCCGUUCAUCCAGUCCAAGCAAAUCGCCUUCCAGAAGCGCAGCUCCAGAACCAACUCCAAGUAAGAAGAGAAGAAGUGACACUCAAUUGGAAAUAGGUGGCGGAGAAAGUGGCGGACACAAGAAGAGAAGACCUGAGAAUUCAAGUCACAACGAAGGAGUUGACAGUGGUAACAGCAAAAAGAACGAGGAAGUUGACACUGGUAGCAGCAAGAAGAGAAGAGCCGAGGUUUAUUUGACUCAAAAUGAUCCUGAAGGUAUUGAAGAUGGCAAGAACAGCAACAAGAAAACUCUAAACGGUUCUAGUUCAAGCACUUCUAACAUGUUCAAGAACAUUUUGGACAGCCCAGAUAAAUCAACCAGAUCUGUCAGUCCAGAGAGAAAGACUCGGGCAUUGCCUGGAGCUACUAAGGAAGCUGCAUCGGUUCCAGCAGCGGCACCUAUUGCAAAUCCUUUUGGAAAUUUGGCAGGUGCUUCUCCUAUCAAACCUAAUACCGCUGCACCCUCUACUACGCCAAGCAAACCUCCAGUCUUCGCAUUCGCACCUACAUCUACCACACCUACUACCUCCCCUACUAAACCACCCACAUUUACUGGUGCUAGUGGUAUUAAACCACCUAUCUUCGCUAGCGCUCCUACUGGCGGUAUCAAGCCACCAACUUUUGGAAGUGGACCCGUCAACUUCAUGGCUCAAUUUGGUAAAAAGGCCGUUGCAUAUGCAGAAGAUAACGAAAAGGCUUUGAUGCAAAAAGCUAAGGAUGAUGAAUUUGAUUCCGAUGACGAUGAUGAAGCUGAGUGGGAGGCUAAAUACAAGAAGAAGAGAGCUGCGGAGCUUGAAGAAUUGGAGAAGCUUGCGCAGGUCAAGGCUCCUUCUUUCCUCGUCAAAUCCACCGAUACUCCAAAAGCCACCGAGCCAAAAGAGACUGCAAAGCCAGCCGCUACAAAUAUCUUCCCACCGGUUGCUACCACUACUUCUACGCCAUUGUUCGGACAAGCUAAACCUGCUACCGGCACUGCUGAGAGUAUCUUUAACUCGGCAAACACCUCAAGAGCAUCAACUCCUAACUUGUUCUCUAGCAAUGGAUCUGUCCUUGAUGGUGCUGCAAUUGCUUCAGGAAAGACCCCCUCAUUUUCUGGUAACCCAUUUGCGCAUCUCUCUGAUGUAGAAUCCAAGAAUCAGAAUGACGAGGACGAUGAAAGUUCUGACGGUGGUUCUAACAGUGACCGGGAUGGUGAAAAGAAAGAUACAAGUUACCAAUCAAACCCAAGCAAGGGCACUGCAAGUUCACCUAGUACUCCUGUUGAUGAGAAUGGCUCUAGCAAUAUCUCCAAAAAAUCACUUCCUGAACCAGAAAAGUUCAAUUUGUUUGGUUCAGCUGCCAAGACUGGUGCAGUCACACCCACUCCUGGUACUGGCGGAAGUCUUUCUAGUCGCAUGACUUUUGGUGCUGCUCCAGAAGAGAAGGAUGAUUUGGCUCCAAAGCCAGCCACAAACAUAUUCGGUAGCUCUUUUGGCGCAACUUCUAGUACUCCUGAAGAUAAAACCUGGAAACCAAAUACACCAAUCAAAUUUGGUAGUGAUGCACCUUCUGCACCAGUUUUCAGCUUUACUAGUGCUACACCAUCCUCUUCUACCCCAACCAAACCAACAACCAACCCAUUGGGAGGGUUGUUUGGUAGUUCUGGAACCUCAGCUUCUACUCUCGUUGGUGGAUCUACUGCUACUACAGGAUUCCAGUUCGGCGCUCCACCAUCAGCACCGGCUUCUUCAUUCCCUUCUGCAGAUGCAUCCCGAGCCAACUCACCUGGUGCAGCCACCGGUGGCGCUGAUGAUAAUGAUCCCGAAAAGGUCCACGCUCAGGUGAAUCUUUUGGAAUCUAGUCCAGGUGAAGAACAUGAAGAUGCUGUCUACUCUGUUCGAACUAGAGCUUUGAAGUUCAAUCCAGCAAAGGCUGGUGACGCAAAUUCUAGCCCAUGGGAUACCAAAGGUGUUGGACCACUGAAGGUACUUAGCCACAAAGAGACGAAGGCUACUCGAAUUGUUUUGCGAAGUGAUCCAUCAGGAUCUAUCAUCAUCAAUAGAUCACUUUUUUCGAAAUUCAAAUAUGAGGCCAGUGGCAAGACUGUCAAGCUUAAUACUGUUGGCGACGAUGGAAAGUUGGAAACAUGGGUUCUCCAACUCAAAAAUGUUGAAUUGGCGGAAGAAUUGGCUAAGUCUCUGGAGGAAAACAAGAUCAACAACUAAGGGUCACUUAUGCCACUUUAUAUCAUACUUUUUUCAGCAGGAAACGAUAACAUGUUCAUGGAAAUAAUUUGGGCGUUUGUAUUGCAUAGCGCGGAAUGGGAAAAGAAGAUUACGAUUGUACUUGUAUUGCGACUUUGAUUGUGUUUUUACAUUUCUCCUUUAAAGAUUCUCAAUGUUAACGGAAAUGGAAGGAAGGAGGAGUAUUUUAUGGGCAUAUUAUUCAGUGGCUCCAGCCUAUUCGAAUUACUUUCCACAUUUUCAUACAAUAGAUAACAUCACUUUGUGGGUGGGGAACUACGACUGUGGGGUUUUGAUAAGGGUUGUAUAUUGAUUGGGCUGUGACCCCUUCUCUUUUCAAAAUCUCCAUGGGGCAUAUAGAACCUUGAUAUUGAUGGAUAUGCGGUUUAGGAACUCCAAUCUGGUAGGAAGGGAUUGUAAAUAGUAUAGGGUCAUCCUUCAGUACAUUUGUACGAGUAUAUAACAAAACAUUAAAAUUAUUUGCUCAUUGCGUUCGUGGGUGUGUGUCA